AUGGAGACUAAGGGGAUUUUAAGCCUUAGUUAUUUAGUUGUUUUCCUUUUGAGCCUGUUAGCUGCUAACGUUAGCCUGUUUAGACCUUUAUUGUCAGUAACACGAUUAAACGUCAGGAUAUUCAAUUUCAUUUCAUGGUACCCAUGCGAGACCAGGAAAGCAUUCCAUUCAUACGGCUACAGAACAAUUCCGCCACAGUCAAGGACAAGGAUCACAUACUUACCGAUAAGACUGCUAUCCAUCCAUACUCAGGACACUCCGAACCCGAGGAGUUUGAAGUUUCUCCCUGGUAAACCUGUCCUAGGAAGUGGGACACUUGACUUUCCCUCUCCAAGUUCAGCUGAAUGUUCAUCUUUAGCUAGGGUUUUGUUUGAAAUUGAAGGUGUUAAGAGUGUGUUCUUUGGCCCAGACUUUAUCACAGUCACUAAGACAGAUGAAGAUGUGGAAUGGACAGACAUCAAGCGCAAUGCUUUGGAGGCCAUUACCAAAUUCUUUGAAAGUGGUGACCCAAUAACAACAGGGCCAGUUAACCAAGAAAGCAGUCACUCUGAAGAUGAUGAUGAAAUUGUAUCGAUGAUAAAGGAGCUUUUGGAUACCAGAAUUAGACCCACAGUGCAGGAGGAUGGAGGUGAUGUUAUCUAUAAGGGUUUUCAUGAGGGCACAGUCAAGCUGAAGCUGGUUGGUUCCUGCACUGGUUGUCCAAGCUCUACAGUCACUCUGAAGAAUGGUAUUCAAAACAUGCUGCAGUUUUAUAUCCCAGAAGUAGACAACGUGGAACAGGUUGAAGAUGCUGUGGAUGAAGUAAAUGCAAAGGUUUUUGCUGAGCUGGAACACAAACUAGAAGAAUGAAACCUUUUUGGAAAAAUGAAAUCAACUCAACAAUUCAUUAUUUUAACUGUUAUACUGGGUUAAAUAACUUAAGCAUUUAGAUGGCAAAUAAUUCAUCAACAUGGAAAUGAAAGAAAUGAUGUCUCAACAUUUUGUGUGCACAUACUGUAAAAGUUCUUAGCUGUGCUAGCUGACUUGUUUUUGAAUACUGUUAGCCUGUUACUUAAAAUGUACACCUGUAUACAGAGGAAAUGCAGCUUUUUAAAAAAAAAUCUGUUAACAAUUUGUUGUAUUUAUAUGACAUAAAUGUUAUAUAUGUAGAAGUACUGUAGUGCUAUCAAUGUUGCAGUUAUGAUAUCCCACAAUGAAUCUUAACUUAUUUUUUCCUUUGUGACCAUAACAUCAACACUGGAAAAUUAAUCUACACUAAAAUUAUUCUCCAAACUUCUGUAUGCCUUCAUGUCAUUUGUGUUUUCAGUCUGAAAUGUACGGUUUAAAAUAAAGCCCACAGUCUGAAAGCAA